AUGUCAGAACAAGAAUUAAGCAUGGAAAACAACACUGACAGUGACUCUGACGAAGAAAACUCUCAAGAAGAAAACUCUACUAUUUCUACAUCACAACCAGGAAGAGAAUUAGACAAAUCUGACAUUUUAAAUCAACAAAGAAGAAGGGUCCAACAACCAACUACACAAUUAAAUACAACGCCAGUCAUAGGAUCAAACAACCAAUUUACUAACCAACCUAUUACAAAUAAUCUAGAACAACAAGUAACAACAAUGGAUGCCACUCAAUUCAAUCAAUUAAUAGCAGCAUUAGGACAACUCACUCAACAACUUGCUGUUAGAACUACUACUCCUUUAACUAUAGAAUUUGCUGGUGGGCGAAAGAAAGAAACUAAUCAGGAUCUUGUUACGUGA